AAUUGAAAAAAAAUACCCUCUUUAUGAAAAUGAAAACAACAGUGUCGAUUGGACAAAAUACCCCAAAAUCAAUGAUUUGAAUAUGACAGCAUUCAUUUAUAAUGUAAGCCAUCAAAUGGACUAUGACAAUACAACUAAGAAGGGAAUGCUUUAUUAUUGCACAUGGAAAGGAGAAAUAUGCGAUAAAACAUAUUUUAAACCAACAUUAACAGACAUGGGUCUUUGUCACACGUUUACUCCAGAUAAAAGCAACAACAGUAAAGUAACUGCUCCAGGCAAACAUUCUGGACUACAUCUCAGGAUAUCAGUAGAACAAUCAGAAUACAUUGGAUUUCUCGAGUUUUCAGCUGGAUUAAAAAUUAGAAUACAUGAUCCAGAUGAACUUCCUCUGGUUUCAGGAUUAGGUUUUGCAGUAAUGCCAGGAUCUCAUGUUUAUGCAAGUAUUACACGACAAAGGACAAUUUCGUUAAAGUCUCCUUAUAAAACAAUGUGCGAAGAUAAGAAACUUCCAGGAGUGAAAAAAUAUACUAUUGCUGCUUGUUAUGAAGUUUGUAAACAGAACUACAUUGCAAAAUCAUGCAAGUGUCAAACAUUUUAUAUGAGAGAUAUAAAGUACAAACCAUGUAACGUUAAACAGUAUUUGAACUGUGUAUAUCCCUUGGAAGAGAAGUAUUCCAGUUCAUCAAAUAGUUCCAAAUGUGAAUGCCCUGAAUCAUGUGACUCAAUGAAAUAUAACGUGUAUCUUUCUUAUGGUUCCUUCCCCAGUAAUGCAUCAGCAACACUUUAUGCAGCUACUGAAAACACAACAUCUCAAAACUUCAGGGAGCCAAACGAAAUAAACGUCAAACAAGAAUACAAAUCGAUUGAUAGGACAAAUAUGGUUGCAAUAGACGUCUUUUACGAAGAUCUGAUUUACAAAGUUCUCAGACAAGUUCCAGCAUAUACCUUACAAAGUUUACUGGGUGAAAUUGGUGGCUUAAUGGGUUUGUUUCUUGGUGCAAGUAUUCUGACAAUGAUGGAGUUUGUUGAUGUUGCAGUCAUGUUGAUUUUGACUCGCCUUGGCAUCCAUAAAUAGUCUACAUACAUCUUUGAUUUAUGUUUUGCGUGGUGAAGAUUAUGCACAAUGUCAGUAAAAGAGAUCGUAAUUUAUGACAAGUGUGUUUUGUAGUUGCUAAGCAGCGAAAUUAAUAUGACAUCAUUUUUGUACUUAUGCCAGGAAGUCUGGGAAUAUUUUUUGUAAUAAAAAUAAUUAGUUACAUUAAUUUGCACAUGCAAUGAGUAAAGAGUCGUUUUUGCCUCGUUACCCUAUUAAACUGUUUAGAUAAUGCCAAAUAUAAAAUUCAUGUUAAAACUUUGAUAUUGUACCUUAAAUAUUUAUUUAGAUUUCUAUUGAUGAAUACUGCGGAACGCGUGAAAUGUUAUUGAGCCUGCGUUAAAUAGUAAAGUGUGUAUUGUUGCUAAACGUCGUGUAAUAAAUAUUCUAUUAAUGACCAAAUAUUACAUGACAUGACAUUAUAGAGGACAACUGCUGGUUGAGAAAGAAAAAUAAAAGUUUGUUUAGCUAUCUGUAAAAUAGUGGAAAACUGGAAGAUUAUACCAAAAGUUGUAUGAAGACAUUUUUUGUUUUCAUUUUUGUUUUGAAACUUUCAUCUUGUAUGAUUAACUCAAAUUUAGAGUGUUUGCCCUACUUUUAAUUUUAUAGUGAAAGGAAUGCAAUAAAGUAUGAAUUAUUACAUAGUUAAUUUUUUCAUCAAACUUUAUGAAAUUAUGAGUAAAAGACAACAAAGACAA